CCGGACUGGAGCCGGCGGCCGGGGCUGGGAGCUCGGCGCCCGACACCGGGCGACCCCCGCGGCACCAUGGCAGAGAUGGGCAGCAAGGGGGUGACGGCGGGGAAGAUUGCCAGCAACAUGCAGAAGAAGCUCACCCGUGCGCAGGAGAAGGUCCUCCAGAAACUGGGGAAGGCCGACGAGACAAAGGACGAGCAGUUCGAACAGUGUGUCCAGAAUUUCAACAAGCAGCUGAAUGAGGGCACCCGGUUGCAGAAGGAUCUCCGCACAUACCUGGCCUCUGUCAAAGCCAUGCACGAGGCCUCCAAGAAGCUGAACGAGUGUCUGCAGGAGGUGUACGAACCGGACUGGCCCGGCAGGGACGAAGCGAGUAAGAUCGCGGAGAACAAUGACCUGCUCUGGAUGGAUUACCACCAGAAACUGGUGGACCAGGCGCUGCUGACCAUGGACACGUACCUGGGCCAGUUCCCCGAUAUCAAGUCGCGCAUCGCCAAGCGGGGCCGGAAGCUGGUGGACUAUGACAGCGCCAGGCACCAUUAUGCGUCCCUGCAGACCGCCAAGAAGAAGGACGACACCAAGAUCGCCAAGCCUGUCUCGCUGCUUGAGAAAGCCGCCCCCCAGUGGUGCCAAGGCAAACUGCAGGCUCAUCUCGUAGCUCAGACUAACCUGCUCCGAAAUCAGGCCGAGGAGGAGCUCGUCAAGGCCCAGAAGGUGUUUGAGGAGAUGAACGUGGACCUGCAGGAGGAGCUGCCGUCCCUGUGGAACAGCCGUGUAGGUUUCUAUGUCAACACGUUUCAGAGCAUCGCAGGCCUGGAGGAAAACUUCCACAAGGAGAUGAGUAAGCUCAACCAGAACCUCAGCGACGUGCUGGUCGGCCUGGAGAAGCAGCAUGGCAGCAACACCUUUGCGGUCAAGGCCCAGCCCAGAAAGAAAACCAAACUGUUCUCUCGACUGCGUGGGAAGAAGAGCAGGUACCAGCAUGACAACGCCCCUGCGAAAGGGGACAAGAGCCCUUCACCUCCACCGAACGGCUCCCCGGCUGCCACCCCGGAGAUCAGAGUCAACCAUGAGCCCGAACCAGCCAGUGUGGCCUCCCCUGGGGCUGCCCUCCCCAAGUCCCCUUCUCAGCUCCGGAAAGGCCCACCCGUCCCUCCGCCUCCCAAACACACUCCAUCCAAGGAGCUCAAGCAGGAGCAGAUCCUCAGCCUGUUUGACGACACCUUUGUCCCCGAGAUCAGCGUGACCACCCCCUCCCAGUUCGAGGCCCCUGGGCCUUUCUCAGAGCAGGCCAGCCUGCUGGACCUGGACUUUGACCCCCUCCCGCCGGUGUCGAGCCCCGUGAAGGCACCCACGCCCUCCGGUCAGCCAAUCCCGUGGGACCUGUGGGAGUCCACAGAGAGUCCGGCUGGCAGCCUACCUUCCAGGGAGCCCAGCGCUGCCGAGGGCACCUUUGCUGUGGCCUGGCCCAGCCAGACGGCCGCGCCGGGGCCUGCCCAACCUGCAGAGGCCUCCGAGGUGGCGGGUGGGGCCCAGCCUGCAGCCGGAGCCCAGGAGCCCGGGGAGACGGCAGCCAGGGACGCGGCUCCUAGCUCCCUGCCUGCUGUGGUGGCGGAGACCUUCCCGGCCGCUGUGAACGGCACCGUGGAGGGCGGCAGCGGGGCCGUGCGCUUGGACCUGCCCCCGGGGUUCAUGUUCAAGGUACAAGCUCAGCACGACUACACGGCCACGGACACGGACGAGCUGCAGCUCAAGGCCGGGGACGUGGUGCUGGUGAUCCCCUUCCAGAACCCCGAGGAGCAGGAUGAAGGCUGGCUCAUGGGGGUGAAGGAGAGCGACUGGAACCAGCACAAGGAGCUGGAGAAGUGCCAGGGCGUCUUCCCCGAGAACUUCACGGAGCGGGUGCAGUGAGGGCAGUGGCCGCGGAUGGUGCAACUCUGGGUGUGUGAAGAACACCUUUUCCCGAAAAAUGUGUGUGUUUUUUUUU